UUUGUUACACUGAGUUUUUUUUUCGUUUAUUCAAUUCAGUCCUUUAAUUUGGGUUAUAAUUUAAUUUUAGAUUUAUACACAUCACUGGAAAAGUAUUGUGAUUUAUCUGAGAUUCUAAGCAUUACCACUAACUAUAAAAAACUGAAAUUAAAAAUAUAUUUCAUUUUGAGACAGUCAACAGUCAAUCUAGCGACUCGCCUCGCUCAAGUCAGUCAUGCGAGAGUCCCAUCGCGCGGCGCAUGUUUAUCGUGUUGAAUUUCAUACCAUCGCGCGCUCUGUACGUACGUUCUCACUCAUGCGAUGCCGUUCAAAAUUGUAAAAACUGUUGAAGAUGGCAAAGAAAAACUUUGUGUUGUCCCCUACCAGUGGGAGACCAAAGGAAUUUUAAAAUAUCCCGUGAAAAGCUCAGAUUAUAAGCUUUAUCGCGAUGGGAAUUCUAGAGCAAGCCACGAAUGGCCCACAAUGCAAUGUCAAGUGAAGAGAUCCGCCAUUUUUACAUAUAAACAGGCAAACGAAAUACUUAAUGAGAUGGUGCGCACAAGUGACACCGAUCACAGCGUAAAUAAUACUAAAAGUAAUGUUUAUGACGCGUCUUAUAAGGAAAAUACAGCAGAUAGUUACAAUGAUUUCGCAGAGCAUUUAAUAUUAAAUAGGCAACAUGACGAAAGGAUUAAUACUGCAAUAAAUGAUAACUCUGUUGAGUAUGAGUUUAUCACUCCAACAAUAAACAACACUGUGCCAAUUGCAACCGCGUCAAACAUGCAGCAGCAGCAACAAUAUGAUAAUACCAAAAUUUUUGAAGUUCUGCAAGCAAACCAAACCAUACUACUCAAUGUGCUUCAAGUUUGUAACUCAUUUUUAGAAAAUCAAGCUUUACCAGCAGAAAAAGUAGAUGCCUUAUCGGAAAAUCUCAAGAAAACUACACAUAAAGUAAUUGCUCUGUCUGUGCAAACUGAUGACGGAUUUACCAGACUACAAAAAACGGUGCGUGAGUCAGCUGCUGUCAUUCCAUUAGGUAUAUCUGAUCCAGACGAAAGAAGGUUCUUCGAGAUGAAACCAGUAGAUUCAGUAGGUGAUCUGGAAAAUCUUGAGUCAAUGUUGUCUGAUGACAAUAUGAAAAAAAGGUUGACCAAAAUCUAUUCUAUUCUGUGCACUAAGUCAAUUGGAAAUGGUGGCACUUGUGCGUACAAAUUAUUAGAUGCCCUUUUCACUAGAGAAUUUAUAUGCAAAUGCUCCUGGUCAGGUGGCAGCCGUGGUAAAGAAAUCAAAGUGGCUUUGAAAGGCUAUAAAAAUGUUCUUAAUUUUUUUUUUGCAAUGGUGCACUCUUGGGACGAAAAAUUUUCAGUCGAAGAUAGCGAACGCUUCUUUAAAAUUGUGUUGAAAAAUGCUCUUAAGAGAAAAGAAACCAAAAACAUUCGAUCGUCUUCUCAAAGAAAACCAAAUCUGAAGAAACAAUCUCAAGUCAUACAAACAGAAGGCAAAAAUUUUACUAAAGUAAUCAAGGACAAAAAAGGGACGCAAAAUAAAGACGACGCAGUCAGUAUAACUGAAAAGUACAUAGUAAAAUCAUUCGCAAUAAAAAGUUUUGAACAGCAUAGUAACAAAAGACAAAGCUUCAUUGAAUCUGGUGAAAACAAUGAUGAUAUUAUACUCAAUGAGCAAAACAAGCAAAUGCACGAGGAUGAAACAUCUAUGAUAGAAAAGUUGAUAAUGUCUGAAAAAGAAGAAGGUAAAAAUCGAACCAAGAUAAACACAAAGAAACGGAGACAAACAACUACAGAGAGUUCUUAUGAAUCUGAUGAAGAAAAGGAAGAACAAACGAAUGAAAGUAUUAGAAAGCAGAGUAUAAUCAAAAGACAGAAAGGUAAUAAUAAGGGCGAAACAGAGGAAACAACAAAGAAAAACGCAGACAAUUUUAUUGACCUGGAAGAAGGAAAAAAUGAACAAAGAGACAAAAAUAUUAGAAAACUGAAGAAAGUACAAAUAAUAAAAAGACAAAACAGUAAGGGAGAAACCAGUAAAAGAGCAAAAAAACAGGAAAAUGAUCAUAGAUCAAACCUGGAAAGUUCAAACGACACAGACGAAGACGAAAAUGAACCAAAAUAUGAACACAUAAUAAAACAUAAUAAAGUAAUAAAAAUACAAAGAGGAAAUAAUAAGGAAAAAAUUGGCGAAAGAGCAAAAAAACGAGACGAUGAUGAAAAAUCAAAUGGAGAGACUUCUUCUUUUGACACUUAAGAAGAAAAUAAUGAAAAACCAGAUGAAUACAUUAAAAAUCAUAAGAAAAAAAAUAUACAAAGAAAUAAUAAGGAAGAAACAGGUGAAAGAGCAAAGCAUCGGGAAAAUUAUGAAAGAUCAAACGCAGAAACUUCUUAUGACACUAACGAAGAAAUGUAUGAACAAACAGACAAAAACAUAAUAGAGUACAAGAAAAUCGAAAAAAUACCUAGAGAAAAUAAUAGUAAGACAGAAACAGGUGAAAGAAAGAAAAAUGGGGAAAAUGAUGGAAUAUCUAACGCAGAAAGUUCUAAUGAGGCUGAAGGAAACAGAAAUAAACAAAUAGACGAAAACAAUACAAAGCACAAGAAAACAAAUAAAAUGUAGGAAGAAAUAAUAAGGAAGAAACAGAUGAAAGAGUAAAGAACUGGAAAAGUGAUGAGGUAUCUAACACAGAUUCUGAUGAGACAGAUAAAGAGAUAAAUGAACAGAUAAAAACAAUAGUGGCAUCACCGAAAUGACAGACCAUGGUGAAGAGGAAGAAUAUUUAGUGAAGAAGCGACAAGAAAACAAUGAACAGUACUUAAAUACCAACUCAAAGAACUAAAUGAUGUUUGGUAUUUCACUUCUUUUUUUAACUUCAUUUUUAGAUGCUAUGUUUCCUAUUGUUUUGAUUUUACGAUCAAAAUUAAAGCAAUUUUUAUUUAGUUUUUUAAGAGUUAUCCUGAUUAUUUUUGAUAUUAAGUUGAUCUUAUUUUAUAAUUGCUGUGAUUAUUUUCAUUAUAUUGUCUGAUUAUUAUUUUUUAUUAAGUACUUACAUAGUAUCUAUAAGUACUACGAAAUCUCGUGAUUGUGAUUUUCUCUUGUUUCAGAUAAUUACUAUCUUUAGGUAUUAUGAUAAUAAUUUUAGGCUUUUUGUUGUUGCCCAUGCCAGCUUAUUGUCUUAUUUCUGAAUUUCAGUAAACAGUAAGAAGCUUGUCAGUUAGUUAGCUGUAGACAAUGUUGAGCGAAACUGAUUGUUAAGAGAGCAUAGAGCGCUCAGUGGUGCCCUCAUUUGAUUUAUUUUUAUUACUCAAAAUCUAAGGCAAAAUACAAAAUCCGGCUAUUGAAAUUGUUCUUCGGUAGAAUAUCCUUAUAUCCUUAUAUGAAUAGGUUUUACGUAGCUACUCAAAUUCUCUCAAAAUCUGUUAAACGAAGAAACGAGCGCUCUAUGCCCUCUUAAGGAUAUUUUUGUAGUGUUAUAGAAAUAUAUAAUUAAGAGUAAGUAACAUUUUAAUUACCUAUCCUACCUCAAACGAAAUUCCGUGGCUGUGAUUCACUAAUAUAGUUUAGAAUUCUUAAUAAUAUUAAUUAUU